AUGACAUCAUGGUUCUGUAGUCGCAGCUGUCGUAGUCCUAGCAUCCAUGUUUCCACUGCGGUGCGACGCCGUCUGGCCGGCGACCACAUUGGGCUGGUGCUCAACGUACCGAGUCAGAGUCAAGCUCGUGAUAAUGAAUUAGAGGCCCAGGUGCACAUAGGAGGCAAGCGCCCUUUUUCUUCUCUUAGGAAAUCAACAGGUUACCAAAGGGGGCCUUUCCCUGGUCCGGAGCAAGAUGGGUUUUCAGCCGCCAAUACCCGAUUUCACAGCACAGAUGACAUGGUAUUGGACGAGUCCGAGAAGCCGGAGGGACCGUCAUCCGCUGAAGCGAGACCACAAACUGUUAGCCCUCGUGUGUCCGCAAAAAGCCAGUUAUCAGGUCAACUGCCCGCACCCGACUCAGUGGAGAGUGGCGACUUAGGUCACCGCAGUUUAUUCAGCAAUAUAGGCAGACCAAUUGACAGGGGACAACUUUCUUUAGAAGUGGAACCCCGCGGAACAGUAAUUGGCACAUCACUGCAUCCCUCUGCUUCAAAAGAAAUGAACUGGGGACAGAAACUGAACAAGAAGAUACGUUCGAAGAGGCCCUUGAGAGAGAAGCAAGACAAAGGAUCGCCCGCUGGGAAGCGUCCAAAAAGAGAAUCUGCCGGAAUGGGGUUGAAAAAGAUACUGGCCGAGAUACACUCGACGAAGCCCAACGGGGAGCAAUAUCUUCAUUCAGAAAGCAUGAAUAAUGGUCCAAUCGAAGAUAGUCGAAGGAGAAAUAAAUUCACAAUGGUGAACCAACGCAAACGCACAAUUGGUCGCAAAUCUGACCUACCUGAAGAAUGUGUCCUUGCCUUAGGUGUUCCUGGAGCUCCUGAAAUUGCCGCAGCCAAGGUCAAUCAACCUGCGAAGGGAAAUUUUAUGAAUGGUCCUACCACUGGAUCGCGGCAAAAGAUACAAGUUAAAAGGCCAAGGCAUUCAGAUAAGAUCCCUUCGCUUUUUGAGAGAUUUGUGGAGGAUCGGAAUGGAAGUAUCUACAUUGUUCACACAAAUAACGAUGUUGUCAUGAUGCGGAAGGGCGCACAAGACAAAUUCUGGGCCACUGCUGCAAUGCUCUGGGAAGAUGUUCCGGGAAGAGUAAUUGAUGAGGCAUGGGAAAGUGGAAAGUCUUUUGCAUCUGCAGUAGAGAAGGCUAUUACAUCCCAAAGUUUUCCAGCUUAUUCUGAACAGCAUUCUUACAUGUUUGACGGUGCAUCCACUUUAGUACCACUUAUCCGUCCCCUAGAGGAAUUUGCCAAUGCCCUAUGGUGCAUUAAUUCUCAGGAACCAUAG